GGCCUCGCUCCCCGAGGCCGGGGCGCUGCGGGCGCGCGCCCGCCGGCCGCCGGCGCGCUCCAACCCGCGCGCCUGCCGUCCCGGGCCUCGUCGGCGGGCGCCAGUUUCCGUCUCCGGCUCCGGGCGCUUCCGGUCCUAGACCUGCAGGUCUAUGCGACUCACAGAGUUCGAGCUGGUUGGCCCUCCAGUCCCCUCAGUUUACAAAUGAGACUGAGAUCUAGAGAGGGGAAAUGACCUUCGUAAGACCAUACAGCUGGUGAAUUGUGGGACUUCGGUAGAAUCCAGGCGUCCUGGCACAGACAGUGUUCCUUCCAUCAUGGCGCAUUACAGAUUUCAUUCUCCCUCUGUCUGGGAGGGGGCUCUGAUGUAUUUCCUCCCUUAAGUCCUACGGUGAUGGACCUGAUCUUAGUGUUCUCCCAGGCCUAUGGGCUCCGUUAUCAGGAUCACUUUCUUCCCCAGGGUAUACUACAAACCUCCAGAUGUUUAUCUGUGGGAUUCCGCAGAGAAUGAGUCUUCCAUCCUCUUUUCAUUGGUAAGCCACUCUUCCCAACUGCUCUCCCACCAUCUACUGUCGUCAUGUCUACCUUACUCCUCAAUCUGGAUUUUGGCGAACCUCCCCCAAAAAAGGCAUUAGAGGGGAAUGCCAAGCACCGACAAUUUGUUAAGAAGCGGCGGCUCUUGGAACGGAAAGGUUUUCUGAAUAAGAAGAAGCAGCCCCCUAGCAAGGUGCCUAAGUUGCACUCAGAACCUCCAAAGAAAGGGGAAACUCCUAGGGUGGAGGACGCUUGGAAGGCCCCUCCCCUUCCAAAAAAGAAGAGGACAGUGGCCUCCAGCAGUGGGUCAGAGCAGUCCCUGGACAAGAAGGCUGCAGUGCCUUGGCUGACCCCUGCUCCUUCACAGAAGGCUGGUUCUGUUGUAGCUAAAGUAGAUUUGCUGGGGGAGUUCCAGAGUGCCCUUCCAAAGAUUAAGAGCCACCCACCUCGCCCCCAGAAGAAGGGCCCCCAGAAGAAUCCUCCCCAGAAGAAGGCCCCCCAGAACUCCACCCAAGCUCAUUUAGAGAAUAAAUGCUCUAGAGCAUCCCAGAAGAUGCCAAAAAAGAUGGUGGCAAUUGACUGUGAGAUGGUGGGCACAGGACCCAAGGGGCAUGUCAGUUCCUUGGCUCGAUGUAGCAUUGUCAACUACAACGGAGAUGUGCUUUAUGAUGAGUACAUCCUUCCUCCCUGCCACAUUGUGGACUACCGGACUAGAUGGAGUGGUAUCCGGAAGCAGCAUAUGGUGAAUGCUACACCCUUCAAGAUUGCUCGGAGCCAGAUCCUGAAGAUACUCACAGGGAAGAUAGUGGUGGGGCAUGCCAUCCACAAUGACUUCAAAGCCCUUCAGUACUUUCAUCCCAAGUCCCUCACCCGUGACACCUCCCAUAUCCCUCCCCUCAACCGGAAGGCUGACUGCCCGGAGAAUGCCACCAUGUCUCUGAAGCGUCUCACCAAGAAGUUGCUGAACCGGGACAUCCAGGUUGGGAAAAGCGGACAUUCCUCUGUGGAAGAUGCUCAGGCCACCAUGGAGCUGUACAAGUUGGUUGAAGUUGAGUGGGAACAGCACCUGGCCCAGAAUCCCCCAAACGACUAGCGGCAGUGGGGACACUGGUGAUGUGGGGAGGCAGAGGCAGCAUGGCACCUAGGAGAAACAGCAGUGGACCAAUGGACAGCUCUAACAGUUCCACACCUUUGGAAGCUAGAGUUGUUGGGGAGAGGGAGGCCCCACCCCAGACAUAAUAGCCAUUGAAAUUUCACCUCAGCUGCUGUGUUCUGUGUCUGGUUAAGUGUCCCAUGGAAGGAGGAAGCCUCCAUGUCAGAACCCAGCCCUAUACUGUUUACCUCUUAAAUGGUGCUAACCGCUAGUCCCAGGGUGCUUUGACCCAGUUGAGCCUUUUGACUUUCGAGGGGCAGGGCAUACUGGGAAAUGUAGUUUCCCAAACUGCCUUAUCACCAGGGUGGCCAUGUGUCCCAUUUUAUGCCUUUUGUUCUCAAGAAAUUAACAGCAUCUUCUUUCACACUCACAAGUAUUCUGGUUGGAUGAUAAACAUGGUGAUGUUAUGUAUCACACACUCUGCUGUUGGCUUAGUGUCUACAUCUAGUUGUGUCAGGAUGUCACCUGUUCUUCCCACCUUGACUUGCAGAGGAGCCAUCCCUGGUGAGGUUUAGUUCUCCUUAGGGUUAUAAGGUGGUAGAGGUGAGAGAGUGUGGCUUGGAAAUCAACUUUUCUGAUUAGGAAAGCAGUCUCUUUCCUAAAGUAAUAGAAGAUUUAUUUAAUUUAGAGCCCACUUGGUAGGAUAAAAAAGGAUUUAAAGUGUUUUAAUGGUUUUUAAUCUACUUUGCUAAACCAAGCCUCUGAAAACUCAAAUUAUUCCCUUGAUAAAUUUUUAUAAUGAAAGAA